GUCGCGUGUGUAUUGCGCGUCGACUCCUGCCCGAAAAACUUUUUCGCGCGUAUUUAUUCGUGAAAGUUUUCACUAACACUUCAUAACCUUAAAAUAAAGUGUAUUACAUAGCCAAUACUCAAGAUACUGUGAUUAAAACUUGGUUUAGAGAAUAAGUUAUGAUUUUUUGAUCAUAAGUGCUAUUAACUCGUAGUUUGUUUUUUGAAAAGGUUUAGAUUUUCGCGUGUGUAUUGUGUGUGUGUGAUGGUGUGGCGGUGAAUAAGAUGCGCUGGUGGUGGCUGUUCUGUGCCCUGCUGGUGACCACCGUCGCCAGCAAGGCCAGGAAGCAUCGGCAUCAGAAACCUGGUCGUGCGCUGCUAGACCGGCUGAGCAGUACCACGGUAGCAGAGGUGACGAGCGAGGCGGGCGGGACGCUGUUGCCCGCGCCGCUCGACGUGGCGCCGUACUCCGCGGUCGCAGCUAAUGCCACCUGUGGUGCUAUGGGGGCUGAGGAGUACUGCCGAGACACGCCGGGAAAACGCGGCGUAGUAUGCGACGUGUGCGAGGGCCCAGACGGGUCCCCAUCCCGCCGCCACCCGCCGGCCCACGCGGUGGACGGCGACCCCAACACGUGGUGGCAGAGUCCCAUCCUGGCCGUCGGACAUGAGUAUCGACAUGUGGAGUUUGUGGCCACGCUGCCUGGUAAAAUGGAGUUGCUUCACGUGAUAAUAAAAUCAGGGCCGUCGCCACGCCCCCUAGCGUGGUCUCUGGACAUCUCCCCCUCGGAGAACGCUGAUGACUGGCGGAUGAUCAGGGCGUUCGGAGACAGGGAUCAUUGUCGCCGCCUAUGGGAUCUGCGGCCUGAGAGGAGAAGAAGGAAAGCCAGGGCUGCCAAGAGAGUCAACAGGGCGGACAAGAUAAGUUGUUCUACGCAGUUUGUCAGCCCUAAACCUUUGGAGAAUGGUGAGAUGCACGUGGCCGUAGGAGAAGGCGUGUCUGCCCGUCGCGUGAGGGUCUCCUUCCGCGCGCCUCAUCCAGCUGCUCCCAGCCACCAGUACUAUUCGAUGCGGGCGCUUACCCUGGCAGCUCGGUGUCUCUGUCAUGGACACGCCACACAUUGCGACGUGGACACCAAGGGUGCAAAAUGUGAUUGUCUCCACGACACAUGCGGGACUCACUGUCACCGGUGCUGUUCGGGAGGGCCCUGGCAGCCCCACGAGCCUUGUGGAGGGAAGCCGGAGUGCGAGUGCGGGGAGCGUGGAGCGUGCACCUACGAUGAUACUGGCGCUAUAUUGUGCGUCAAUUGUACGGAGAACCGAGCUGGGCCGCUGUGUGACCGAUGUUUGUUCGGGUUCUACAACGCGAUGCCCGACGGAGCUUGCGUGCCGUGCGACUGCGACCCCGAAGGAUCAGAUGGUUCUUGCGUCUGGGACAAGAAGCUUCACAAGCCAGUCUGCACGUGCUUGGAAGGGUUUUCUGGAGUGAUGUGCGACACGUGCGAAGACCCUGGAGCCGUGUUCCCUCAGUGUCAGCCAGUAACGGCACCAGCCUGCAGAUGUGACCCCAGGGGCAUCGUGGAUCCAUCAAGGAUCUGUGAUAAUGUUUGCGAGUGUAAGCCGAACGUGAUAGGUGAUAGGUGUGACGCAUGCGCACCAGGUCACUUCGGUUUGAGCAGUGACUUGCCCGAGGGCUGCCGGCCGUGCUACUGCUCCCACAUCACCGACUCCUGCACCCUGGCUGAGCUGCAGCACGAGUCGCCAAGAGACAUGAUCUUGCCGCUGGGCGAGGCGUGGCUGAUCAGCGACGUGGAAGCGAACGAGACAGUGGAGCCGUCGGUGGACGAGCAGGGCAAGCCGUUCGUUAUCAACUACGAGGUAGAAGGCUGGGAGAAUUUCUACUGGCUGAGCCGCUCGUUCAACGGGGAGCAGUUGUCUGCGUAUGGAGGUGAGAUACGCGCGGCGCUGUUCUGGGGCAUCGUGAGAGGGGACACUGGAGGGAAUCCUACUGUUGGACCGGACUUCAUUCUUAUUGCUGCGGACGGUACCAGGAUAGCAUACGCUAACACAAGUCAUGAGAGUCCGGGCGAGCUGGCGCUGUCCGCGUCGCUGGUGGAGGGCUCGUGGUACACGCUCGGCGAGGAGUUGGAGCCGUGCUCGCGCGCGCAGCUGCUCGACGUGCUGCGGGACCUGCGCGCCACCAUGAUACGCGCUCACUACCAUUAUGAUCAGGAUGAGGUUCGUCUGGAAAAUGUAGAAAUCUUAGCUCCUCGCAUCCCCGUGAGCGAAGAGUGUGCGUGUCCUCCGGGGUACGCGGGCGCGCAAUGCUCGCGGUGCGCGUGGACGCAUGCUCGCGUGCUGCACGCGCCGGGCGCGACGCCGCGCUUCGAAUGUGUACCUUGCGCCUGCAACGGACACGCUGCCUGCGACGCUGUGGAAGGUCCUUGUGGACAAUGUCAGCACAAUACAACCGGAGCUCACUGCGAGCGCUGUCUCCCUGGACAUUACGGAAAUCCUGUACAGGGUGCGUGCAAACCGUGCGCAUGUCCUCUAUACAUCCCGUCGAACAACUUCAGUCCGAACUGCGCGCUCGCUUCAGCUUCAGGCGACGAGUACGUGUGCACGCAGUGCCCUGAUGGAUAUAUCGGCGAACACUGCGAGAAUUGUGACUUCGGAUACUGGGGCUCUCCGACGACGGUGGGCGGGUCAUGCCAGCCGUGCGAGUGCGGGGGCUCGCCGUGUCACCCUGCCACGGGCGUGUGUCUCACCUGCCCGCCACAUACUGAGGGCGCAAGAUGCGAUCUCUGCCAGGAAGGCUACUGGUUCGGUCCGUCGGGCACGGCAGAGGGCGUGUGGUGCCGCGAGUGCGCGUGCGCGGCGGGCGCGCUGUCGGCGGCGUGCGACGCGCGCUCGGGGCGCUGCGCCUGCCGUGCGGGCUGGGCGGGCCGCGCCUGCGACCAGUGCGCGCCCGGACAUGGAGGCUUAGCAGCCGGCUGUCCCGCGUGUCGUUGCGGUAUUGCAUCAAUUGACAACAUGUGCGAUCCCGUCAGCGGUGAGUGUGCGUGCGCACUAGGCGCCGCGCCGCCAUCUUGCGACAACUGCCUGGACGAGUACUACGGGAUCAACGCCACGGGUUGCGCGGGUUGCAACUGUUCGUCGCUCGGUGCUGAGAGCAACGCGUGCGACAUCCGCUCGGGCCAGUGUCGCUGCAAGCCGCAUGUCACCGGCAGAGCCUGCGAUACCUGUGAGGAAGGCUACUGGGGUUUGGAGAGGGGCGGCUGCAGGCGAUGCGAGUGUGGGUCGGGGGCUUCGGCGUGCGACCCAGUAUCGGGCGCGUGCGCGUGCGCAGAAGGCGUCGGCGGUGCGCAGUGUGAUCGCUGUUUACCUGGUUAUUACGGCUUCGGUCCUGCUGGAUGCUUACCAUGUCCAGAGUGUCCGGAAGGCAAGGUGUGUUCUCCGACGAGCGGUCGCUGCGUGUGUCCUGGCGGAUCUCUGGGGGCCGGGUGUAGGCAAUGCGCGCGGGGGUACUGGGCCGCCGAGCCCGGACGGUGUCAGCCGUGCGAAUGCGGCCCUGGAGCUAUGUCGAACGUCUGCGAACCCCACACGGGCCAAUGCAAAUGCCGGCCUGGGUGGGCAGGGACGGCGUGCGACGAGUGCGCUGUGGGGCACCACGGGCCCCGCUGCAAGCCGUGCUACUGCCACCUCGCCGGCUCCCUCGGCUGCAGGCACGGCGACUGUCCGUGCGACAGCUGGGGCCGGUGUCGGUGUAAGGAAAACGUGGUGGGUGAGAAGUGCGACCGCUGCCUGGAGGGUACGUUUGGUCUGUCUGCAGACAACCCGGUGGGCUGCACCGCGUGCUUUUGCUUCGGACGCGCAGCACAGUGUGCGCAGGCGCAGGUGGCGCGCGCGGCGCUGCACCACGCCGUGCCGCUGCACAUCACGCUGCAGCGCGCCACGCAGGAGAACGCCAUCACUACCAUGGAUCAAGAUUCCUUGCUAGCCAUCCACACUCACUCCCCAGAAGCGACAAUCUCCCUCCCCUGGCCCCCGGUUCCUGUGUACGUGGAACUUGACAAGCGGUUCCUGGGAGACAGAGUAACAUCCUAUGGCGGUCUGCUCAGGUUCAAGGUCGAGGAGGAAGGCGGCGUGGAACUCAGCCCGGAGGUCAAGGCCAAGUUUCCACUCGUCAGGAUCUAUGGGAAAAAUAUUGUGCUGGAUUAUUUUGAGCGCGUGGCGGGCGUGAACGGCUCGCACGCCGUCCGCCUGCACGAGUCGGUGUGGGAGGUGCGCGGCGCGGGGCGCUGCUCGCGCGCCGCGCUCAUGCUCGCGCUGCAGGCCGUGCAGCGCCUGCUGCUGCGCGUCACCACCAGGGCGCCCACGCACACUGAACACGCUCAUGCGCUGCUGCUUAACGUGUCCCUAGACACCGCUAUACCUGGACUCAGUCGGUCCGAACCAGCCUUGGGCGUGGAGCUCUGCGAUUGCCCCAGAGGAUAUGCUGCAUUAUCGUGCCAGGAGCCGGCCGUGGGGUUCUGGAUGCCGCCCCCCAAGGUCCAUAUGACCACUGUGGCGGGGACCAUAGUCAUCUCGCUGGAGGGAGACGCACAGCCGUGUCAUUGUAAUAAUAGAUCUAAUAAAUGUGAUCCUGAAACUGGACAUUGCUUGAACUGCACGCACGGCACCGCCGGCCCGCGCUGCGCCGUGUGCGCGCCCGGACACUACGGGCACCCUGCCGGCGCGGGCGGCUGCACGCCCUGCCCCUGCCCCUCCCGCGCCAGGAACUUCGCCACCGGCUGCAGCGUCAGCGGCGGCAGGCUGCAGUGCCUGUGCAAACCUGGCUACUCCGGGCCCGAGUGCCAGCACUGCGCGGCGGGGUACCGGCGCGGCGCGGACGGCGCGUGCGCGGCGUGCGCGUGCCACCCGCGCGGCGCGGAGUCUGCGCAGUGCGACGCGCGCGCCGCGUGCCGCUGCCGCGGGUUCGCGACGGGCCGCGCCUGCGACCGGUGCCUCGCGCCCCGGACCUAUAUGGACAUCGAUGGCUGCAAACCGUGUGACAACUGCACUCAAACACUCCUAGACGCUGCAGAAGAACUAACAGCGAACUUACGCAUAAACGCAAACCCAACAGAACUGAGCCGGAUACCAAAACCAUUCGCAGCUCUAAAAGAGUUUAUCACCAACUCCAGUCGACUGCACACCGUACUAGAAUCCGUGACUAAGGACAUCACCAAAUCCAGAAACUUGGCAUACAUCAUGAAUGAUUUAGAAGCAAUCGAACAUAGAAUAUUCACAGAAGCAAAUAGGCUGAAAACAGAAGCUUCUAGAAGACAAAAAGAAGCAGAAUACUUGAGUUUGGAAAGCAUGAGUGCCUUAGACGAAGUUUUAAGUCAGAGAAGGAGAUUGGGGGAGUUAGUGGCAAGUCUAGAUGACUUUGCGAGAGGAGAGAGACAUCUCAGCGCCCAUCGAGCGUUGAAGGAAGCCAGGCAGCUGCUGAGGGGCAUCAAGGAAAUCAACUUGUCAGAUUACAAUGCAGUGGCCAGCGAUGUUUCUGUUUCGGCCAACCUUCAAUCAACAGCAGUCCAAGAAUACAACUACCGCAUCGAGGACACCUACCGACGUCUUCGGAAGCUCCAGACAGCCUUAGACGAAUGGGAGCAGAAGGCCCAGGACUUGUCAGACCUGGCGCAAACAGUAUGGGGAGCUGAUGACACGGUCACAGACCUUCAGGCGAGAGUCAAGCCCAGGCUCGUGGCACUGAGGGAUGUUAGUCUGCGCUGCCGUCUGGCACUCGAGGAUAUAAACACGCUAUCGACUAACAACAUAACGGACGCUAUUGGGACAACGCUCUUGCAAGCGCAGACCCUGGGCAUCAGAUUUCCAAGCAUGGCAGCGGAGCUGGCGGUGCUGACCCUGGCCGCUGAAGAGAAGGAGGGCAUCCUGUAUAACCUCACUCCAGCUUAUAAACAAAAGUAUCUGGAGCCAGUGGAAAAGCAUGUUAAAGAGUUGGGGCUGAAGGCUAAGGAAUAUAAGAGCGUGUUCGCAGGCAGUCGCGCCGCAGCGUCCCUCGGCGUGGCGGCGGCGCGCGCGUGGUCGCGCGUGGGCGAGCACCGGCGCGCGCCGCCGCCGCUGCUCGCCGCCGUGGCGCGCGGCCCCGCGCCCGUCGCCGCCGUCGCCGCCAGGGGCAGGGCGGCUUCCGACGAUCUCAAGCGGAGGGGCGCUGCUGUCCUGGCCAAGGCUGAAGAGCUUCGUAAUCAACUAGAACACCUUCGCCGCGGGGCUGACGUGGUAAGCGUGGUGCUGCGGGGCGUGGGGUGGCAGGAACGGGAGCUGGGCGCGCGACCCACCGCCCAUGUGGAGGAGACCCUCGCUGCCGCUGGACACCAGGCCGAUAGAGUGUUCGCCACUACACGCGCGCUGUAUGAUGAGGCUAGCGAUCUGAGACAGAGGAUCAGGUAUCACUUGAGAAGACAAUUAGCUGAGCUGCAACGACAUGGUGAUACUGCGCUUGGAGCUGCCCAGGAACAUGUGUCGCAGAUCAACGGCAACACGGCGCGCGGGGCGGAGCUCGUGCGCGCGCUGUCGGCGGCGGCGGCGGCGCGCUCGCAGCAGCGGCGCGGGGCGUCGGCCGCGCUGCACGCUCCGCUGCAGGCGCUGCGACACAACCUGCUGCGCGCGCGCCACGCCGCGCACACCAUCUCAGUAUCAGUAACAUCAGUGGUGGGCAGUGUCGGGUGUUCUCGGGCCCUAGCGGUAUCCUUGUCCGGUGGUGUGACGCAGCUCUCGCUCGCUCUGUCGUUCGACGGCGCGGUCAGGGACGGCACUCUUCUACAUGUACCGACUGAUGACGAGGAGACAAAGGCCUACAUGACGCUGGUAGUGAAAAACAAGAAGUUACGUUUAACCUGGGACCUCGGCUCCGGCGAGGGAAUCAUCAUCCACCCUGAGGAGUUGCAGUCCACACACGACGACGCCGACCACACCGCUUACCGGAUAGAAAUCGAAAGAAUAUGGAACACAGUCCACUUGCGAGUGGAGCGGGCUGGCGGUAACGUGGUGUCGGUGAGCAACAGCACGGGAGCCGCCGCGGCGACGCUCCGCGCGGCCGAGCUGUGGCUGGGCGGCGCGGGCGCGGGCGCGGGCGCGGGCGGGCGCGGGCGCGGGCGCGGGCGCGGCGCGGGCGCGGGCGCGGGCGCGGCGCUGCCGGGCUGCGUGCACGCCGUCAGCGUCGACGACAGGACGCUCGGCCUCUGGAAUACUAUACGACAGCCGAAGGACGCCAAAUGCACUGGCUGCACGCACAGGUGGUACGCGGCGGGCCGCGGCGAGGCGCAGCUGGUGUGGUUCGGCGGCGGCGGGUACGCGGCGCUGCGGCGCUCGCGCCUGCGCCCCGCCGACCGCCGCCAGUUCAGCCUCGCGCUCACCUUCCGCACGCGCGACGAGAACGCGCUGCUCUUCAUGGCCAUGGACACCGCCAAUAACCGUUCAGUGUCGGUGAUGCUGCGCGAGUGCCGCGUGGUGUUCGCGGUGCAGUACCUCGGCUCGCGGCUGGAGAUCGCGGCGGGGGGGCGGCACUGCCACGGCCGGCCCGCGCAUCUCCAGGCCAUACGCGUCUUCGCGCCCAACAACCUCGAGAAAGGCAGCCUGCGCGUGAACGGCGAGGAGACGCUCGGCUCGCCCUCGCCGCCCGUGCAGUCCGCCGCCGCGCUGCCGGACCUGGCCGACGCCACCUACUGGGUGGGGGGUCUGCCCCCCGGCGCCGAGGUCGACGAGCCCGCGCCCCCGCUGCUCGGGUGUCUCGGGGCCCUCACUGUGGAUAGAGAGGGAUAUGACUUGUCCGACACUCCUACUAGAUAUGGGAUUGAGCCGCGAUGUGGUGCUAGGAUACUCCGCUCCGCAAUCCUGGAAGGCGCAGGCUACAUCGAACUCCCCUCUCCUAUCUACCGGCGGAAGGCAGCUCUAGGCCUGUCGUUCAGAGCAAGAGCAUCUGAUGGACUGCUACUCUUCAGGGCGCCUUCCAACCUGUCUGACAACGAAGUUGAUGAUGAUGAUGGGGAUGAUAAGCAUUAUCUACUGCUCGCUUUGGUUAAAGGCGAAAUAGAGUUGAUAGCGGCUGCUGGCAAGGGCGAGGUGCGCCUGCGCACCAAUGGCACCAAAUACGAUGACGGGAGGCUGUACACCAUCAGGCUGAUUAGAUCGCACAAACAGCUAGAAAUGUGGGUAGACGAGGAGCGGGCGGCGUCGGGCACGCUCGCCGGGAACGCGUACCCACAGCGGGGGAGCGGACUCUACCUGGGGGGCGUAGGGCCCUUGGACAGAGCUAAACUGGGACCACUCCGUCUGGAGCCGUUUACUGGCACGAUUACCGACUUUAUUGUGGAUGGACAAUUGAUAGGUCUAGAGACGGCGGUGAACUGGAGCGGAGCGCAGCUCGGCCGCGCCGACUCCGAGCCGCGCGACGAGCCGCGAACCGAACCCAGAGCCUUGCAGGCACAGGCCGGCGAGAACGGAUGCAGCAAGACGUGGUCGUGGACGGUGGAGGGCGGCGCGGUGAAGUUCGGCGACGGUGCGUGGAGCCACGCCACCGUGCGCGUCGCCAAGCGCGCCAAGCACCUCGCGCUCGCGCUGCACUUCCGCACCUACGCGCUCCACGGGCUGCUGCUGCUCGUGCCCGGAUCGAAAGCGAAACCGAAGCAUUACCUGGCGCUGAUGAUCCGCGAUGGUAAGCUGCGGCUGGUGGUGCGCGGCCGGAAACGCAAAGAGGUCGCGCUCGCCACCUUCGUGUCCGACGGGACGUGGAGAUCGGUGUCGAUCCGUAGUGGCGGGUCUCGCGUGUGGGUGCGGAGUGGCGGCGCGGCGGGUGGGGCGGCCGCCCGCGCAGGGCUGGCGCAGCGCGUAUACGUGGGGGGUCCGCCACCCCCGCCCGCGCUUCCACUACUGCCGGCUGCCAUCGUGCGCGUGGGCGGGUUCCGCGGAUGUGUGCGUCGCGUGACGGUGAACAACCGCGCCGAGGACCUGGUGCGGGAUGCGCACGCGCACCAUAACGUCGGACAGUGCUUCCCCAACGUCGAGCGGGCCGCGUACUUUGCAGGUGACGCAUACGCCACGCUAUCCCAUUCCUGGUCCAGUGAGGAAAGUUCAGAAGACGCUACGGAGAUAGAGGUGCAGUUCAGGACCACCGAGCCCAACGGGAUACUGCUCGCAGGCGGCGGGAUCGUGCUGGAGAUUAAGGAUGGAGAGGUGUGGCUGAGCCGCGAGUGGCUGGGCGCGGUGGGCGGCGCGGCGGCGGGCGCGGGCGGCGCGCAGGCCGUGCGCGCGGAGGGGCUGGUGUGCGACGGCGCGUGGCACGUCGCCGCCGCGCGCCUCGCUCGCCGCGCGCUGCGCCUGCAGCUCGACACGCGCGCCGCCGCCGCGCCGCCCGCGCCGCCGCUCGCCGACACGCCGCGCGCCGUCGCCGCGCCGCUGCACAUCGGCGGCCUGCCCGAAGGCGCAACCGACUCCACGGAAGGUGGUAAGAACUUCAAAGGCUGCAUCAGAGACGUGAUCAUCAACGGACAAAAGCGCGAGUGGACCUCCAUUGAAAAAUUGCACAACGUGCUGCUAGACUCGUGCCCCAUACAACAGUGAUUGUGGACUUUAAUUACAAUUACAUAAAGUUCAAAUUGCAAGCACGCAAACUUGGCCGAACUUUUUGUGUUUUAACGCCAUCUGUUACCCAAGAACGUGCAUUUUCAUAGUUCACUGAAAUGAUUGAUUAUUAUCAGUCUACACCGCCGUGCCUUAUCAAGUUAUUAUUACCAAAUAGUGCCAUGAUUGUUUGUGCAUUAUAUUGUACACUAGAAAACUUCUACAUGUGAAAAAUAAGUAUAUUUCUUUGUGUCCAAACACGCGUGCACUGAAACAAAAAACAUGCUAUAAAUUAAGAAUGAUCUUUAUAUGAUUCACAAUCUUGUUACAUAACUUGUUUCCUCUUUAAAAUUGGAGGUCAGAAAUACGCUUCAUAUUAGUUCAUUUUACAUUUUCACGGUUUGCGUACAAUUUAUUUUUGACUCGUUAUUAUUAUUGUUUAUUAAAUUCUCAUAAAGGCCAACUCCUUGGCCUGUACCCCUAACGCCAUCUUGUAAGCAUUAGCCUAUACUUCUCACCUUUUUAUAUAACUUUAUACCAGAGCACUCUCUUAGAAACAGACCUUAGAAAAUUUGCAUAGUUCUUAUAAAGCUUAGUAAAGCCAGUGCAUGCGUCAAAUAUAUUUGAAUACAUCAUUACUUGUGUUUACACGAAGAAUUUAAGCUAAGUGUAAUUAUAGAGGCUAUGUAAAUAUAUGACUCUACAAUACUCAUUAGAGUACUCGAUUAACUUCCACCAGUAUUUGUAACGUUAAUUGUACAUAUUUAAUAUUGGUUAAGUUUUAUAAUAAAAAUAUUAAUAUUUUACUCUAAUAAAAAAAGAAUCUUUGAAGCAAAGCCGCCUUAGGAAAGCCUUUAAUAAAAUAUUUUACGUUGUGAAACCGUCAACGUCCUUUAUUAAAAUCUGACUCGUCUGUUGAAAAUAAACGAUCCCAAUUUUAAUCUUCGAUCUGAACCCAAGGAUAACGAAUCAAAAUAACUUAUUUUAAAGUGUCAAAAAAGCUUUGUUCUGAUUCGUCCAUUUCUGUGAAUAGAAAACAGCGGUAUAUUUUAAAAACUGAUAUUAGUGACCUCUUUUUCUAAAAUGUUACUAAGAUUCAGACUCGAAGUAUUAACAAGUUUAAUGAAUCACAAACGUGUUGCACUAUCAUGUUUUCUUGUCUCCUGUAAGUUGCAUUUAUAUAGUAGUCACUAGUUGUUUUAAGUUAGGAUGUAAUUUUGCCGCGCUAGAGCAAGAACGACUUAUUACUCAGAAAAACUAUAAAAAAAAA